AUGUAAUUGUCAAACUCCAUAUACAAAAAAUUGUCUGAUAGUCUAUCUUUAAUAUUAAUACACAUUCGCGUUGUCAUUAUUUCUAUGUACCCAAACAAUAGAAAAAAAUAAUAGAUUAGGCAUGUGAAAUUUUUGUUAGCACAAUUUGGCAAAGAAUUUGAUAUAAAUUAACAUAAAAAAGUAGUGCAGUUACUUAAGAAAUUACUUUUUAAUAUAUUUGUUAUCUAUAAAUACGAAAAACAAGUCAUUACUGUACAAUUAUUUCAUAAAAAUGGCAUUUAAAAGAUAAAAUUAAUAAAAAGAAGUGGAAAUGAUUUUGGGGAAGAGACUUUUAUUAAAACAAAAUAAAUUUACAACAUAUUGAUGAAAUAAAAAAACAAUUCCUAGAACAAAUUUAUAAAUUGGUUAAUUCACAAGUUGGUGAUAAGGCUUUAAAACCAGUCAUUAUUUUAGCUGUUGAACUGAAUUUUCUUUUAAACAUUUGCAAUAUUAAACGAAAUGGCAAUGAGAUCAUACCAGAAUACUGCCCAGCGUUUACUAAGAUGUUUCUGUGGCUGUCGCGAAAUGACCGUUGAGGAAGUUCAACGUAUUUAUCAGUUUAGCGUUCAGGAAACUCUUAUCAAUCGCCAGGCCCUAGCUUUAUUAAAAAGUUUUCUGCAGCAAGCUCGCAGUGGUGAUAAAUCAACAACAGAACAAUAUGUAGAAGUCUAUGAACUGUGCGGACAAUAUAUGACAGCUAAUGCAGCUAUUUUAACACUGGAUGAAUUAGAUGAACUAGUGGAUUUAGGUUUACCGUACCACUUGGAGAAGGAACUACACAACCAAAUCCAAACGGGGGAUAGUGAUAACAUCACCCGUUGUUUGCUACGCAUACAAGGUGAUAUGCGCAAUAGCAUUGAAUUAAGUGACGAAUAUAAGGAAUAUAAAAAUGCAAUUCUAAAGAAACUUAAUCAAUAAGGAUCAAUAGGUAUCGAAGGCUACGAGUAAUAUACUCAGGAACUGAAACCAAAAGUGCUUUCUAAUGUUUGUAAGAU